ACAGUCACAAUUGAAGAGUUCUAAGCAAAGUAACAGCAAGUAGCCGGGGGUGUGGGCUCUGGAAGAGCGAGACUUCCCUGUGUAAUGUUCAAGUUCAGAAAUGCCUUAUGUGGAUCGUCAGAAUCGCAUUUGUGGUUUUCUAGACAUUGAAGAAAAUGAGAACAGUGGCAAGUUUCUUCGACGGUACUUCAUCCUGGAUACCAGAGAAGAUAGCUUUGUAUGGUACAUGGACAACCCACAGAACCUGCCUUCUGGGUCAUCACGUGUUGGAGCCAUAAAACUUACCUACAUUUCAAAGGUUAGCGAUGCGACUAAGCUAAGGCCGAAGGCUGAGUUCUGUUUUGUUAUGAAUGCAGGGAUGAGGAAAUACUUUCUACAAGCCAAUGAUCAGCAGGACCUAGUAGAAUGGGUAAAUGUGUUGAACAAAGCUAUUAAAAUUACAGUACCAAAGCAGUCAGACUCCCAGCCUCAUUCUGAAAACCUAAGUCGGCCCGGUGAAAGUGGGAAGAUGCAGGUGUCGUACAGGACCGACAUUGUCGGGGGCGUGCCCAUCAUCACCCCCACACAGAAAGAAGAAGUCAAUGAAUGUGGUGAAAGCGUUGACAGAAACCAUUUGAAACGGUCCCAGAGCCACCUCCCGUACUUUGCUCCUAAGCCACCCUCGGAUAGCGCUGUCAUCAAGGCUGGGUACUGUGUAAAGCAGGGAGCCGUGAUGAAAAACUGGAAGAGAAGAUAUUUUCAAUUGGAUGAAAACACAAUAGGCUACUUCAAAUCUGAACUGGAAAAGGAACCUCUCCGUGUAAUACCACUUAAAGAGGUUCAUAAAGUCCAGGAAUGUAAGCAGAGUGACAUAAUGAUGAGGGACAACCUUUUUGAAAUUGUAACAUCGUCUCGAACUUUUUAUGUGCAGGCCGACAGCCCCGAGGAGAUGCACAGCUGGAUCAAAGCCGUCUCGGGCGCCAUCGUGGCUCAGCGGGGGCCCGGCAGAUCCACAUCUUCUGAGCAUUCCAUCUGCCCCUCAGACGCCAAGCUCGCGCUCCGCCCUGCCGGGGCCGCAGCCUCCUCACAUUCCACAGCCGCUCGCAGCAACUCUUUGGUCUCAAGCUUUGCCAUGGAGAAGCGAGGAUUUUACGAAUCUCUUGCCAAGGUCAAGCCAGGGAACUUCAAGGUCCAGACUGUCUCUUCAAGAGAACCAGCUUCCAAAGUGACUGAACAAGCUCUGCUCAGACCUCAAAGUGAAAAUGGCCCUCAGGAAAAAGACUGUGACCCACUGGACCUGGAUGAUGCCAGCCUCCCGGUCAGUGAUGUGUGAGCUGCAGGCGCGGAGCCCGGCCCGCCUCAGCCCCUCGGUCUCCUAUGAGACUCCAGCCAAAGAUGAUGAAGGGCGGAGCGGCUUGUGCAUGUUAUACUGCCUCUCGAUGCACUCUAGAAGCUGGCAACCCAAGAAUCUAGGCCAAACUAAAUAGAAUUUCUUU